ACUCAGAAUCCAAACACAUUACCGUCUCGCAACCUCUACGCUUUGAACGUUUAUUACACCACUGAGUUAAACAUUGAUUAACUAUAACAAACUCUUGCUAAUUACGCUAGUGCGGCCAUAAAACGCUGUGUGAUCGCAUCAUUCGGAAGUGAACAUGGGAACAUAAAACAAGGAUUAAGUGGCAAUGGUGUGUUUGACGGGAGCAAUGGGGACGCUACUAUGGAUUGGUUUAUUGAUGGUGUCGGCCGGUGCUGGUGCUGAUAUGACGCUAGGUGGUAUAUUCUACGAGGACGAUGUGGACAUGCAGUCUGCGUUCAACCUGAGCACUCGCAUGUAUAACUUCACCUCUUCCAUGCGGACCGUGCAGCGGGGGCAGAUACUGGAGGUCAGCGAACAUGUCUGCGAUCUUGUUAAGGAGGGCCUGAUCGGCAUAAUCGACGGCACAGGCGGGCGCUCCAGCGAGCACAUCCAGGCUGUGUGUGACAUGCUCGAGGUGCCACACGUCCUCGUUCAACACAACGACUUGUUCACCGCCAACUGGUCCAUACUGAACCUUUAUCCUAGCGGGGAGGCUUAUAAUACGGCAUUGGAGAAAUUGAUCAUUCACAAGGGCUGGCAAAGUUUCACGGUGCUGUAUGUGAAGGGCCACAUUCUGGGCAGAGUCGACAAUCUGUUCAGACUUGGAAACGAAACUUCGGACAUGAUUGUUUCAGUACGAGAAUUGAGUGGAGAAGAUUACAGAGACGUGCUAAUAGAAGCCAAGGAGUCAGAGUUCACAAACUUCGUGGUGGACUGUCCCUCGCAGAACAUCGAGCUGGUGUUGAACCACAGCCAGCAGGUCGGCUUGCUGGCUGACGAGCACUCUUACAUCUUCCUGUCUCCCGAUCUCUUCACGCUGGAUCUGACGCAGUACCGGUAUGGAGGAGUUAAUGUUACUGGGUUUCGCCUAAUGGAUUUGAAACAAAACAAAAAGAUGUGGGAGUACACGGCAGAUCUCAAUGAGGAAACAGGUCAAACGCGGGAACCUGAAGAAAUCAAAACUGAAGUGGUCCUCAUUCAUGAUGCAGUGAAAGUUUUCUAUGAAGCAUUGAAAAAAGUAGCGGUAGAACCGCAAGAGCUUAGCUGUGAUAAUUAUGAUUCUUGGGCGUAUGGAUCGUCUUUGCUUAACUUUAUGAGAACGAACAAAAUAAAUGGUAUAACGAGGCAGCUUUUGUUCGACGGUUUUGGACAGAGAACUAAUAUCAACUUGGAGAUUAUGGAACUCACGCCCGCUGGUAACCAAUCAAUUGGCGAGUUCAACAAUGGUUUGCUGGACAUACAGAGGCCAGUCCUGCCUGUUGCUCAGCUGACUUCAGAAUCUAUCAUGAAGAAUAAGACAUUCAUCGUUCUUAUAUCUACGACAGCCCCUUAUGGAUAUAUAAAGGAGUCGCUGCAAGAACUGGAAGGAAACGAUAGAUACGAAGGUUUCACAGUGGAUCUUAUAGAGGAGCUUUCCAAGCUUUUGGAAUUCAGCUAUGAGUUCAGGGAGCAAAAUAAAUAUGGUACAUUAUACGCAAAUGGGAAGUGGGAUGGCAUGGUCGCAGAAAUUAUGGAUGAGAAAGCUGACUUCGGCAUCUGUGACUUCACCAUCACAUCGGACCGGCAGCGCGCGAUCGACUUCUCAGUGCCCUUCAUGACCCUGGGUAUUGGCAUCUUGUACAAGGAGCCGAGCAAGCAACCGCCUGAAAUGUUCUCUUUCAUGGCUGUGUUUUCUACUGAGGUAUGGAUAUGGAUGCUGUUCGCGCAGAUCGGGCUCGGCGUGGUGAUGAUCUUCGUGGGCCGCAUCUCGCACAAGGAGUGGCAGAACCCGGUGCCCUGCAUCGAGGACCCCGACGAGUUCAGCAACCAGUUCAGCUUCGCCAACUCCGUGUGGCUGAUCAUCGGAUCUGUCAUGCAACAGGGGUCGGAGAUCGCUCCCAUCGCGCUCGCCCCGCGCAUGAUCACGAGCGUGUGGUGGUUCUUCACGAUGGUGAUGGUGGCGUCCUACACCGGCACGCUCGUGGCCUUCCUCACCGUCGAGAAGAAUGUCCUCCCGUUCACCAACGUCGAGGAGCUGUAUAGGCACAAGUCUAUCUCGUACGGGGCUAAGAAGGACGGCUCGACGAUAAAUUUCUUUCGGGACUCAAAGAAUGAGAUCUACCAGAAGAUGUACAGCAAGAUGAAGAGCAACCCCGGCUGGCUCGUGACGCACAACGACAUUGCCGUGUCCAUAGCCGAAGAGAAAAACUAUGCUGCAUUUAUGGAGUCGACAUCAAUAGAAUAUUACAAAGAGAGACAUUGUGAUUUACUACAGAUCGGAGAGCUGCUGGAUACCAAGAGUUAUGGUAUUGGCAUGAAGAAAGGAUCGGAGUACAAGAAGCAUAUUGAUGAUGCGCUGCUGACACUGAAAGAAAGAGGAGACAUACAGAAACUGAAAGACAUUUGGUGGAAAGAGAAACGUGGUGGCGGCAAAUGUGGGGUGAAAAGAGAUGAAGAACAGAAACAGCUGACACUCAGGAACAUGGUGGGAGCAUUCGUGGUGCUCGGAGUGGGGUGCCUGCUGGGGCUGCUGAUUUCCACACUGGACAUGCUGUGGGGGGUCUUCAAGAGAUCGCUGAAGUACCAGACAACGUUCCAAUACGAGCUAGUGGAAGAGCUGAAAUUCGCGCUGACAUUCAGCGGCGACGUGAAGCCGGUCCGACGGCGUCUCACGGAAGGUUCGUCCGAGGCUCUAGCUGACGACCCAGAGGCGAAGGACGAGCUGAAGUCGCUGAGGUCUGUGCGGUCGUCGGACACCCACCGGACCCACCACUCACACUCGCAUAGCUCGAGGCAUUCGUCUAGGAGCCAGAGUGUGGCAUUUGCACGGAUGAGGAGUUAUGAUUAGAGGAGCUCUUGUUUUUAUUGUAAGAUUAAUAGUUUGUUUUAUUAUUGGAGAGGCAUUAUUUGUUGUAAGGGUAAAAGUUUUUUUAGUAUGUGGGAAUUAACUUGGGCUAAGUUUAGGUUUUAAUAGAAUUAAUUUAGUUUAGACUAGACGUAUUUAUUAACGUCCCUAAAUCAUGAUUUUUUAUAUUCUUACCUAAGUUGUUUUCACGAUAAAUGAGGUUUGUACGUGCCAAAUUAUAGUCUACAAGGUGUUUCUAGUCAAGCACGGUCAAGCAAGUGUAUUUAAUAAUAAUUAAAUUAGUAUUGUUAUUUAAUAUAUUGUGAAAAAUAUAUUAUAGAUAUCACUGACAAAAUAAUCACAAUUUCCAAGUUAUAUAAGGUCAAGGUUUGCGUAAAGAACGAAAGAUUUUCACAGGCCCAAUAAAUAUUUAUAUUUUUCCACUUACUGCCGUGUACUAAAAGAAAUAUUGUUAUAGUUAAAUAAUAUGAGAAAUGUCGACCGCCUUCUAUUUGGGGUUGAAUAAUCAAUAAGAAAUAUUUUAGCACUCACAUUAUCUUUUAAGUGUAUUUUUGGGUUAAAUGUAGGUAGUAUUUAUUUACAUGGCCCAUAAAGACGUACGAAAUAUGCUAAUACUUAUGUAGAAUAGAGUAAUUCACUAAUAAAUGUGAAUUUCGUUAUUAAAAGUAAUUUUACCAAACAAAAAAUAAACAUAUAUAUGUAUGAAAAGUUACACUUGGAUUUAACAUUUUAAAUGAUACCGUAUUCUUAUGUUGUAUUUUUUUUCAGCGCACUACCUAUACUAUAGUUACGAAAACGGGUUUCAAGUAGAUAUCACCACACUAAAGCACAUAAUCUCAUAACUCGGUACCUACCUACCUACCUAGGACAGGCCAAUAGACUCUAUACCGGUCUCCGUAAAGGACUUGGGCGAAUUCGCGUAUGGAUAAUAUGUAAAUCAUACAACUAAAACUUGGACCUUACUGGUGCAUGUCCACACUACAGUUUACACAAAACAUUGUAGCAAAAUAAUGUCCGUCCAUAAACUAAGCUAUGAGACUUUGUAAAUUAGUCUUAUCUGAGCUUGAGUUACCAACACAGCAGAUUUACUGAGUGUGAACUUUGACUCUUAACUUUGUAUCGCCGAUGUAGAGCUCGAUACACGUAAGUUGACCACAUUUUCCAGCAAAGUUAGCCGACAGCAGCAGAUAUAUGCAUAAAACGGAACGUGCCAUGGACACUAUUUGGACACAAACAAUCUAUGUAUUAGGUAUUAGUCUAACGAAUUGCUAUUGACAAUAUUGUGACGGAAUUUUGGUCAUGUUCCGUGAAUCAAAGUGUAUCAAUUAAUGGAAUCUUGCAGGCUCCAGAAGGGAGGUAUCCUUUCAGGACGGGCGCAGUUAACGAUACCCUAUU